UGGAAAUGGAAUGGGUUACAGGAUUUCCUCCAGAACCAGCUCAAGUUGUACAUUCGUUCAAUAACUAUCCUUUCUUUGCUGGUAACCAUAGCCUUGAACUGAGCUAUUCAUACAUUACGGACUUGGUACUUAAUUCGGUUCCUUAUAUUGGAGUUGGCACUGGACUGAGUAUCAUAUGCCUGGUUAUUCUUAUUAUAAGGUUUACUUGUCUGAGAAAAAAAUGGGACCAGGCUGAGUUAUCUUCAGCUGAAAUGAAACCAAAGAUUGUGCUAAGAGUUGUAACCACUUUUUGUAUACUUAUCAUUGCUUGUGCCGCAGCAUUUGGUUUUCUAGGAACUCAUAUACUUGUUGAGAGUCUAAGUCAUGACGAGAACUCUUUAGACAGCUCUAUUCAUUGGAUGACUGGAUCUGCCAAUUUUUUUUAUCAGAGCUUUUCUUCUGUUGGUUUACCUUCCAAAUUGAAUUCCAGCUAUACUUACUAUAGUGAAGUAAAACAAGCUUUGCAAAACAUAGAACAAGAAGCAACGCAGUUCAAAAAUGCUAUGAAUAGUGUGUUGAUAACCAUACAGAAUACACUCGGAACAGUGAAAAGAUACUCAUCCUACUCAUUUUAUGGUGCAUAUGGAUUGAUGGGGCUUAUAACUGCCAUUUCAUUGCUACUUGUUUAUGUAUUACAUUAUCGUCCACUUUAUGUGAAGAUUCCAUCGCUGGUUUUGGGAAUUUUCUUGAUGUGGUUUUGUUGGAUAAUUCUUUCUCUCUUAUUGAUAUUGUUAUGGGGUUCAUCGAGUGCUUGUCAUUUGGUGUAUUUAUACUUUAAAAGAAAGAGUUUGGAAGUACUUCCUUCUGCUUUGAGGGAUUUUAUUCCUGUAGAGAACAAUCUACCUAGCAUAUCUAUCAAGGAUGCAAGUAUGUUACAACAAGCUGUUAUCAAGUCUUUCCAGAGUCAAGUUGGACCCAUUAUGACAGUAUUAAAUGAAACUUUACAAAUAUAUGAAUCUUGUAAGACGACUGUCCAAUGUGAAGUUGCUAAUCUGCCACUUGCUACUAUUUAUAUGCACACAUGUUCCAGUGAUCAAAAAUAUGAGACAUUACGUGGAAGUGCUUCUGCUGUAGAAGGUGCAUACGUAUUAUUUCUAAAUAACAAGUAUUUAGGUCUUCUUGCACUGGUAGCAUUGGGAAUUUCCUAUGUGGAUCCUUUAUUAGGACACAGAACACGAUUAGUGAAGCCUACUCAAAAAGAAUCGACUUUAUGGGAGUUCAAUCCUAUUCCUAUGAUGAUACCGCAUGCUGUUCCUUGGUUGGAUAUAGAUAUGACUAGACCCAAUGUGGGUUUUGAAGGUUGUACAUCUUGAAUAUUGUUUAUUUGUGUAUUUCCUUAUGAAGAUAAAUAUAUAACAUGAAUA